AGAGAGUGAGAGAAAGAGAGCGAGAGAAAGAGAAAGAGUAUGUGGGGUGGGGUUAAAUCCCGAGAAAUACCUGUUUGUUGACUCUUUCCAGAACUUCCCAGAACAUAUUGUUCAUGAUAGGCUUAAUAUUUAGCCUAAGAUGUGAGCUUGGUAAGGGAAAACGAGUCAUUGCGCUCAUUUAUUGUCAUGCUCAUUUAUUUACUUUGUUAAAACCUAGCUUUUGGAUCCAAUUAAAAAAUAGUGGUCGCUUUCCGGCGAGACACGGAGAACACAGUUAAAGGUAAAGAAAUGGUGGGCGGACUUUUGAAAUGAAAUCUACUAUGUCUUGGUUGUCAUACGCAGUCCUACUGUCAGGGUUUUCAACUCUCGCGCUGGACAUGAUAAUGGUCCCUCAAUGUGGACGAGUCACAUGUUCACAGGGUAAUUCUACCUGCACUGUUGAAGAUAUCCUUCUCCCAAUGGACACGGUGUCUGGUUCUGAAGCUAUCUGGAACCUAGGGGUACAGGCUAAGCUAUGCUGCACAUCAGAUGCAUGCUCACCCUGCAUCCUCAUCAGCAUCCAGCUCAACAGCAGCCUCGUUGAAGAUGAGGAGAGUGACUACAAAGAAAACUUAGGAGUUUGGGAUCAAAAUGAUAAUGCGAACGUGAUGGUGUGCUACAGUCCAGUAGCCUUCAUGCCUGCAUGUAAAAACAUCCAUUUCAACAUAACGGCUGCAACAGCACCUGAGGCUAUUCAGGCGCAGCUGUCACUGGUGGUGUGUGAACCAAAGAGUGUGCUUUUCAGCAGUGAAGUGAGCGUGAAUGUGGGAUCACUGCAUCACAUGGUGAAAGUGCCUUCCGUGGAUGAAGUGUGUUCCACAGAACAUCAGGGACUUGUCGAGGCUUGUGAUGCCCCUAGAAUAGGUGCAGAUAUUGACCAGAUAAGGGGCGUGGUGAAUCUGAGUGCUGAACACAAGAGUGACAACUUCUUCCCACUAAAGAUGUGCCUUAAGCAGGAGAGAAAUGGAGCUUGCAAGAAGUGGACAGAAAAAGCCAUUCCACUGCACUCUGUCAGUCCUUGUAUGUGCAUUCAGAUGUGGUGGGAUAAAGUAGAUGAAAGGUCACACCGAUCUGAAAGUUGUCCAUUCAAGAAAACUGAAGGUUUUCAACGUAACGUGUGGGCGAACGUGUCUGUGUCCGUGGUCCGAGGCCAGAUGAACAGUGGCGGUAGCAUGCUUUCCUGGAACGUGUCAACCCCCUGCAGGCUGGAAGCUGAGGUGUGGCUGUGUCAGAGGGACGCAGGUGUGGGUGGGUGCAGGGAACAGGGGAGCUCCAGGCAGCCUCUGUCCAACGGCCCAUGGAUGGAAAACCGCAAAGGACUCUGGCAGGUGCAGGGAGCGUUUGAAGACAUAGAGUCUCAUGUGGACCUGUGCAUGAUGGUAAAGAUACAAGGAAUGGACAAAAAUAUUGGCCCCUUUUGUCCUAAUGUAUAUACCAGCAGGUGGCGGAUGAGUCUACUAGUUCUUGUUAUUGUGCUGCUAAUCGGCAUAGCGGUUCUCGGAAUCUGUUUCCUGCAUAGCACAGUGAAACAUGCUGGUGGGGAGGGUCACAUCAUGCUGCUGAGCCCCCCAGAUGCAGAGGGGCCCGUGUCCGAGCAGGUGUGUGAGCUGGGCUCCCUCCUUGUUGCCCAGGGCUUCAGGGUAUGUGUGGAUCUGUGGAGCCGGGCCCAGCUGGGCUCUCUCGGGCCCCUGCCCUGGCUGCACUCCCAGCUACACCUCCUGGACACCCAAGGGGGCCGGGUCCUGGUGGUCCUGACCCGCUCUGCCUGGGAGAGGGCCCAUCAGUGGGGUCAGAACCCUCACCAACAGGGCCACUUUGCCCAGGCCCGGGACACUCACACAGAGGAAAGUGGAGACAAGGACAGGGACUCAUCCCCGUAUACAGACGUCUUCUCAGCUUGCCUCAGUUGCAUCCAUGCGGACCGCCAGCAGGGUUGCGUAGAAGAGCGUUUUACCCUGGUGACCUUUGAAUCGCACCCUGCCCGGCCUGCCACAGGGAGCAAGCGAGGUCUCCCAGAGCUGCUCCAGGGGCUGCCCUGGUUCCACCUGCCCUCCCAGAGUCAGGGGCUUCUGUCAGCACUGUCUGGGGGUAGGCGAGGGGUGAGACGAAGGAGGACUGAGCGGCUGAAGGGCGGACUGUCUUCAAGCUUACAAGGUUAUAGGAGAGACUCACAGAGUGGGCAGCCAUAUCAGUGGGUUUAUUCUGAUGUGAUUAAAACCCAAGAGGCUGGGCCUCUACAGCAUGUCCUGUCAACCAAGUCAACCUGAGAUUCACCCUUUUUUCCCUGCACUGAUUAUACCACGCAAUGAAUAUGUCUUCAUAUUUUGCAGAUUACUAAAAAAGUAUUUAUUUUUUGCGGCAGAUAUUAAGUGAAACAAUACUAUACACUCAAAACAAAGGCUUUAGAAGCCUUUACCGUUACUGCACUAGUAUUACUGUAGAGUGGCAGGGCGUGUGUGAGAUGUUGGCUCGCUAGCACCUCCUGCUGGCAGUAGGGCUGUACUCAGCUGUGUCAGGUGCAGGGUUGUCCUGACACCUGAAAGACAGGAUAAGGACCAGCACAUCAUGUGUGGAGUGUACAGCAGGCUGGACCCUUCAAGACAACACUCAUGCAGCUGAGCGAGGUCUGUGUGUGUAAAUGUUAAAAGGUCAGUUGAAAAAAGUAAAACAUUUUUCCAUGUGUUUUUAUAAUAUUGCUGUGUGUCAAUUUGUGUGUGUGAUUGCUACCUAUUGUUUUAGACAUGAGUAUGUUACAGCACUGGAGCAAUGUCAUCCACCAACACCUACUCAAUGCCCAAAAGUGCCU